GCGGAUAUUUACGUCACAUGAAGUGAACGUUUUGUUUAGCUAGCAAGGUAGCGGCAAUGCGCUAACGCCAGCUGAGAUAUUAACGACAGGGCUCUAAGAGGCCCGGUUUAAACGGGAUCAAAAUGGAUUCUGUGAAGCUAACAGCGCUGUAACCUUUAGAUAACUGCUUGUGUUGUGACAAACAGAGGGUUGUCGUUGUUGCGGUGCUAACAAUAGCUGCUCAGCUAAUGUCCUCGGCUUGCUGGAGUUCGUAGUAGGAGCUAAACGCUUCACUCUUCAAUACUGGGAAACCCGUUCUCUGCUUAGCGGUGAGGCCAUGACUGCUGUCAACAUCACCAGGGAGCUCCUGCACAGGCAGAUCAGGGACAGGAGAGCGCCGGGCUUCCAAAGGUCUUUUCAUGUGACUGACCCCUUCAUUAAGAGACUUGGACUGGAAGCUGAGCUCCAGGGCCAUACUGGCUGUGUGAACUGUUUGGAAUGGAACGAACAAGGAGAUCUGCUGGCUUCAGGCUCAGACGAUCAACAUGCCAUCAUCUGGGAUCCAUUCAAACACAAGAAGCUUACAACUAUGCACACGGGUCAUGCUGCAAAUAUAUUUUCUGUCAAGUUCCUCCCUCACACUGGAGACAGGAUCUUGGUAACAGGUGCAGCUGACACAAAGGUCCAUGUCCAUGACCUGACCGUGAAGGAAACCAUCCAUAUGUUCUCUGACCACACCAACAGAGUUAAACGCAUCGCCACAGCACCAAUGUGGCCCAACACCUUCUGGAGUGCUGCAGAGGAUGGCAUCAUCAGACAGUAUGAUCUUCGGGAGAACAGUAAACACUCUGAGGUUCUGAUUGACCUGACAGAGUUUUGUGGUCAGCUGGCUGAGGCCAAGUGUCUCGCAGUGAAUCCACGGGACAAUAACUACCUAGCGGUGGGAGCCAACGGGCCUUUUGUGCGUCUUUAUGACAUCAGGAUGAUUCACAACUACAGGAAAUCUUUAAAUCAGAACACAUCAGCGGCUGUGCACACUUUCUGUGACAGGCAGAAGCCCAUCCCAGAUGGGGCUGGGCAGUACUAUGUCGCAGGUCAUCUGCCAGUGAAACUCCGAGACUACAACAACCGCCUGAGAGUCCUGGUGGCCACCUAUGUUACCUUCAGCCCUGACGGCACAGAGCUGCUUGUUAACAUGGGUGGGGAGCAGGUGUAUCUUUUUGACCUCACAUUUAAGCAGAGGCCGUAUACGUUUGUGCUUCCAAAAAUGUGCCAGUCAUCAACAGUAGAUGUCCCGAAUGGAAAGACAACCAACGGCGUCUCUAAUGGCAUUCAUUUACCACCCAGCCACAUUCGCUUUGUCGAAAGCAAAACGCAGUCCAGUUCUACUGAGCUUCCCCCUUACUUGGAGAAAAUAAAGCAUCAGGCCAAUAAUGCAUUUGCCUGUCAGCAAUGGACACAGGCUAUCCAGCUGUAUAGUUUAGGCAUUCAUGAGGCCAGGGGCAACGCCAUGCUUUAUGGGAACCGGGCUGCAGCCUAUAUGAAACGCAAAUGGGAUGGAGACCAUUAUGACGCCCUCAGGGAUUGCGUGAAGGCUCUCGCGCUGAACCCGGGGCAUCUGAAGGCACAUUUCAGGCUGGCACGGUGUCUGUUUGAGCUGAAGUAUGUGGCCGAGGCUCUGGAGUGUCUGGACGACUUCAAGGGAAAGUUUCCUGAGCAAGCACACAGCAGUGCCUGUGAUGCCCUGGAUAAAGACAUCAAGGCUGCUCUUUACUCCAAGCCUGAUUCAGAAGACAAAAAGGGCAACAGCUCCAUUCGUUUCCAGUCGUUCAGUCGAAAAGAGUCCAUUGCUGAGGACGAGGUUGUUUUGAGGGAGCGCAGUUUUGACUACAAGCACAGAUACUGUGGUCACUGCAACACCACCACCGACAUCAAAGAGGCCAACUUCUUCGGGAGCAAAGGCCAGUACAUCGUCAGUGGCUCAGAUGAUGGUUCUUUUUUCAUCUGGGAAAAGGAAACCACUAACCUGGUGAGGAUCCUUCAGGGAGAUGAGUCAAUAGUCAACUGCCUACAGCCCCACCCAAGCUACUGCUUCCUGGCCACUAGUGGAAUUGACCCUGUGGUUCGAUUAUGGAACCCCAGACCAGAGACCGACGGUGAUAACGGGCGCGUAGUGGAGGACAUGGAGGGAGCUGCUCAGGCAAAUCAGCGCCGAAUGAAUGCUGAUCCGUUAGAGGUAAUGCUUCUGAACAUGGGUUAUCGCAUCACUGGCCUGCAUGGUGUUGGCCCCGAUGGUUCAGAUGAUGAAGACAGCUCAGAGGGACCAGUGCAGUGCAGGACGAGCUAAACUGACAUUCAUCCAUUCUGUAGAAUGGCUUUAGGAAGCAAAAGACUCCCAUAUUUUGUUUUAAAACCUGAACCCCGCUUCCCUGUCUGACAGAACAUUGACUGACUGUCAUGGCACAUAUCUGCACUAUGGCCUCUCUUUGUCCCACGCCAGGACUGGCGGAGACCAAUUUUGGGAGAGGAAUUCAAGGAGGGCUGCAAUAACACCCUUCUCAUGCUUUCUAAGUACCAACAGCACCCACUCUGCAGUGGUGGGAACAGCUUUUGAAGAGAGCACCUUCCACGCCACUCCCCGGUUUCUCACAAAGAAGGAGGUGUGCAACACUUGUACCUUCUCAGGUUUUUGUUGGAGAGUCACACAACACGAAGAAGUAAUGUGGAACGAUUGACCUAUUUUCAGGUCCGUGCGUGGCCAGCUUUCAGAUCGCAGAACCGAUCUACCGUCUACUCUAUGGAUCGAGCGAAGCAUCCCGGUGUUGGAAAGGCUGCACACACCAGUCACUGAUCCUACGUUAGGCUCAGUCCUGUGUUCAGAUGGAGUUUCUGUUACAGGAAUGAAGUGUAGCUGCUCACAUUGUGAUGAUUGUUGCUAAGAUAAAUGCAUUAUAUUUUGAACUGUUGGGAAAAAAAAGAGUUUUCUUCUGCCAAAGUUUACCAUCUGUGUUUUAAGCAGCUAAGGAUUAAUGUUUGUGAUUUCUCAGUUUUAUUUACACAUAAUUUGGCUUAUUUUAGUUUAGCGCUAUAAAAAAAAAAAGGUUAUUGACAAGAUAUUGACGAGGGAGUAUUUGUAACACAAAUAACUUCCUAAUUGUUUGAUUUCACUCCCUUUAUUUGCAAAUGAAUUUGAGAUUAAAUUGCAAACAUUUUUAGGUGUAAGUGGGAGAUCUGUGUUAUACCUUGGCUGAAAUCAUUGUGACCAUGGAGUUCCUGGUUGCAUGGCUUUCCCAUCAGUCCAUCUGCUGUCAUCAGGUUUUCAGCUUGCAUGAGGCUUCUCUGAGAUAAAAAAAACAAGAAGCACAGCUGCUCCCCAUCAAGUUCACAGAGCUCAGCUCACUAAAUUUCCUUUUACCCCUAUUAAAACCAAUGUUUAUGAAUGGAUCCUCAGUGAAUCACUUGGCUUCCGUGUGUUUUACUUUCAUUUGAGCUUCUCUUUAGUUAUCCCCCCCCCCCUCCAGGGAAUCCUGUAAUGAGCUUUGAUCCAAGCAAAAGAAAAUUAAAAUACUCUGUUAUUGA